AUCGGUGUCGUGAGUCGUUUAUUCAGCUGUCACUGAAUACCCUUAACGUAUUGCCUUUGUACAUAUGCCCGUCAUGCAGCUCCUAAACUUUGGCUUGCUUCUUCUCCCUUUUGUGGCGGGUGACCUCGCUCCACAGCCUGAGCCGCUGCUCGUUGGACCCAGCGACAUUGUUCCGGGCCAAUAUCUCGUCACACUGAAGGAAGGCCUCACCUCUGCGCAGAUUAGGGACCACAAAAAAUGGGUCAGCUCCGUGCAUAGGGCUAACCUCGACAGUUUUGCUGCUGGCGCCCGCGGAGUCGAGACCGAAGGUAUCAUGAAGCACUUCCACAUCCACGAUCUUAACAUGUACUCUGGCGGUUUCGACGAGAAGAGAGUGGAAGAUCUCAGCCGCAGCCCAUACGUCAAAUCGGUGCACCCGGACCAACACUUCUACCUCGCGAAGACGGUGACGCAGCGUCAGGCACGCUGGGGUCUAGGUUACAUGUCCAGCAAGGGCAAGCCUGUCCCGCUGCACAGCACACUCGUAGACUACUCGUACGACGACAAGGCUGGAGAAGGCGUGUGGGCAUACGUCCUCGAUACCGGCAUUAAUGUCAACCAUGUCGAGUUCGAGGGACGUGCCAUUCUAGGUCACAACGCCAUUCCGAACAAAUCACACACAGAUGAGUUCGGCCAUGGUACAUGCGUGGCGGGUAUCAUUGCCGGGAAGACGUAUGGCGUUGCUAAGAAGGCGAACGUUGUGUCUGCAAAGGCCUUUGACACUGGCUCUAUGAAUCAGAGCACGUACAACUACAUCCUUGAGACGUACGACUGGAUCAUCAGGAACAUCACGGACUCGAACCGCAAAAACAAGGCGGUUAUCAACCUCAGCAUCUCCGGUGCCAAGUACCAGCCCUUCGACGACGCCGCGGAAAGGGCCUUCAAGGCCGGCAUCACCACCGUGGUAGCCGCCGGCAACGAUGGCAAAGACGCAAAAAAUAACACUCCGGCCUCGUCACCCAACGCCAUCACCGUUGGUGCCGUCCGUUGGGAGAACACCCGCCCUAGCUUCUCGAACUACGGCAAGAUCGUGGAUAUCUGGGCUCCGGGCGAACUCAUCAAGUCAUGCUGGAAGGGUGGCAACAAUGCCACGUCCACGCAGUCGGGCACAUCGGCCGCGAGUCCUCAUGUCGCCGGCCUGGUCGCCUACCUCAUGAGCAUCAAGAACCUGCCCUCUCCAUCGGCCGUGACCGCGCGAGUCCUCAACCUGACCAUCCCCAACCUAGUCAAGGACGCCAAGGACAGCCCAAACCGCGUGGUGUACAAUGGCAUCCAGGAGCGCAAGUGCAAACUGCCCAAGUAUUACUGACUCGGUGUGCCGUCUGAUAUAACCGCUGGUUAUGGAUGAUGGAGAUGUUGUUGUCGUUGUCGUUGUUGCCGUUGUUGAUAUUGACGUCGUCGUUCGAGGAUGCAGUUUUGGCCUAGUGAGCUUAUGUAAGUAGUCACGUGAUAGAGUAACGUAAUCAGCCACUUUGACAACUCAUCGAAUUGCAACCUCCUUAUUUCUUCAUGCUGGGCGUCUAUCGGUAUAUAUAUCGUAGGUGGUUAUUUUAUAAGAGACCUUAUUGGGCAUUUAUAUUCUGAAUCUUAUGCGGUGAUAAAAUUAUUACCUACCCAAGUCCUUAGCUACUAAGAGAGCUAUGUAAAUUGUGAUUUGUUGGUACUUUUUGGAUGACAGGAUUCCGAAAACGAUCGCAAGAAACAUGGCCAAUAAUGAGAGAUAGCUGUUACUGUGAGAAGAUGCGUGUCCGAGAAACGAUUCUCUCGUCCCAUCGCCCCUUUCCCUAGUUUCCGCAAGCGAGCCCUG